AUGAAGGCAGUGUUGAAGUCACCCGUUCAGGUGCUAACACUGAAUUCCCGUUCCAUGACGAACAUGUACAUGCGUGUAGAGUUCACAAUUCUCGCAGCCGAACGUAGCGCUGUAAAUCUUUUGCAGGGUUUUCCGGACGGGCCUGUGCCGAUGUUCGUGUCUGAUAUACUGAGAGAGGUUGCUGCACAUCCAGAGAAGAAAGGAUGGCAUCAGUACACCCGAGUUGAGUUUCUGUCUGCUGUUUUGUAA